AUGAUGAUGAAAACAUUUCACCAGAAAAGUCUCAUUAUCCUCCUCACUAUUUUUCUUGUAGCCAUAGUCAUCUUCUUCUGGAUGAAGUCAGAUGUGUAUUCAAUAGGAAAAAGCCAAGAAGCCAAUAUAUCUAUACCAACAGUUAUAAAGGAGGAUGGGAUCAUUGUUCUUGUUUGGCACUGGCCUUUUGGAGAUCAUUUUCCCUUAAACACGUGCCUUGUAGAAUUUGGUAUUUCUGGUUGUCAUCUUACUGUAGAUAGAACCUCCUAUGAUGUGGCUGACGCAGUGGUCAUGCAUCACGUAGAUAUCAUGUACGACAAAAACUCAUUGCCUCAACUACCAAGACCUCAUUUUCAGCAUUGGGUCUGGUUCAACAUGGAACCUCCCCUGAUCAUUAAAAACUUAGAUUUACUUGAUGGCCUUUUUAACAGGACUAUGACAUUUCGUCAGGAUUCAGAUAUUUUUAGGCCUUAUGGUCAGAUGGUGCCUUCAAAAAAGUCUCAGAAAUUUACCUUGCCAACCAAGACCAAACUGGUUGCUUGGGUGCUUAGUAAGUGGUACCCAGGUGUCCGCCGAACAGACUAUUAUGAGGAGCUGAAGAAAUAUCUCCCUAUUGAUAUUUAUGGGGCAAAACAUAAAAAACUGAGCUGGGACGAUUUCCAUUCAACCAUAUCCCAAUAUAAAUUCUACUUGGCCUUUGAGAAUUCAGUCUACAAGGAUUAUAUCACGGAGAAGCUAUGGUCCAAUGCCUUUGGAUCAUGGGCAGUUCCAGUUGUGCUGGGAACAUCUCGGAAGAACUAUGAACGUUUUGUCCCUGGAGAUGCCUUCAUUCAUGUUGAUGAUUUCCCAAGUCCCAAGGAACUGGCCGCUUACCUUCUAGAGUUGGACAAGGAUGAUGAGAAGUAUAGGAAGUAUUUCAACUGGAGAUUUCAUUAUCAAGUCAAAGUAGGGGGUGGGUGGCAACUUAAUUACUGUAGUGUUUGUGAAUCUUUGAAAAAUAGGCCACAUUACCAAGUAAUUCCCAGCAUAUCCAGAUGGUUUCUGAACAAUAGUGCUUAUAUAUCCUGA